GCAAAUCCGACCAUCACCCCUGGUGAGAGAAAACCGCGACUCGUCAGUGAAGAGCACUUUUUGCCAGUCGGUGGCUGGACGAUUAGAAUUUGACAAUGAAAGAGAGAACCGGCUCGGGCAGCGCAGGCGAUGAAGCUACCACUGUCGGUGGUGUGCCUGGGAGCUCGGCGACUCUUUCCCUAUCAGAGGACAAUAAACUCGUCUGUGUGAAAUAUCCAGGGAUUAUCUCCAAUGUGGACAAGAUGCUGGAAACUAUUGGGGGUGUUCAAGGGGUGUCCAAGACCUAUGCUGACCCCAGCAGGCGGUUGGAGCUGCGCUUUCGUCCCCAGGACCCGUUCUGCCACCCUGUCUGUGGAAACUGUUUCCCAUCCACCAACCUGCUGCUGCGCGUGAAAAGGAGGGUGCGCAAAGGCAACUCCAAGGAAGCCCAAAUCAACAUGGACGUCCUGGGUGUCAUUGGGACAACAUACUCUUAAACUCCAAACACUUGACCCCAUUAUAUCACUGUGUGAUUCCUUCCCAUUGCCUCCCUACUUUGAUCUGUGCUGUUAUUACUCUUCAUUGUCUAUUUGUUGAUGUAUGUUGUACAUUUGUUUAUUGUUGCAGGGAUGGCUGACUUCCAGUAUCUUGCGGUGCAUUCAGCAAAGGUCGGCUCACAUACAUCCCACUACAAUAAGAUAAUCUUGCAUAAACCAGAGAAUAAUGAGUUCUUUGAGCAGCCGGUGCCCCUCUUCCUUCCUCCACCCAUCUUCUCUCGCCUGGACAGUGCUGUGGACUACAACUACCGACCUGAAAUCCAACACAAAAGGCUAUUGUCCCCCGACAGUAUCCAGGGAUAAUGUGAUUGGUUUGAGUCGAGCACGUCGGCCUCACAACGCCAUUUUCCUCAACUUUGACGGCCAGAACGUCCCCAUGGCCCCCCUGGAGGCUGCCAAGGUCAACUGGAAGAGGGUGUGUGUUCACCCCAGUGACAGAGGGAACAAAUGAAAAAAAAUGUUUGAGAGCCGGCCCAUCUGGUCCCGGAACGCGGUCAAGGCCAACCUGGACAUCCACCCUGAUAAACUCAAGCUGCUGCUCCCUAUCGUGGCCUACUAUAUGGAAAGGAGAUCUAGACCGCCAGUGGUAUUCAAAGUCGGGGUGACAUGCCCCUGGAGGAGCCUCUGGGUGAGGUUUGGCAACGACCCCUGCAAAACAACAGAGACCAAGAAAUACCAGGUGCUGGACUUCAGGAUCCGCUGCAGUACCAAGCACGGAUAUACUAUAAAUGACAUGCCAGUGAAGGCCAAGAGGAGCACGUUCAACUAUACCCUGCCAAUCACACUCAACAAAGCAGUUCAACAGGCUGCUAAUGUUACAGAUUUAGCCCCUGAGGGCCCUGCCGGUGGACGUAAUGCUAAUAUAACCAGGUACCAGCUCAAGGAGUCGUCGUACAUAUUUCGAGAGAUGGAACCCUGCCCCCCCACAGGCAAAUGUUCUACCAGCUCUGUGAUCUGGACGUGCAGAGCAUAAGAAACGUGAUUCAUCGGAACGAUGGCCAGGAGGAGGGGUGUGACGAGAGGGACGGCUGGUGUCUGUCCCACACCGCUGAUGA